UAGACCAAUUGGAGUGUGUAUUGAACUUGGCACAGGUUGGAGCUCUUGAACGCUGCACAGUGUUACUUUGUACGGUCUUAUGUAACACUGCUGCUACUUGUUUUUUGUUUAAAGAAGUAGAAGCAAGACCAAACUCAGCCAUGCGUGUAGCAGUCAUUGGAGCUGGGGUCAUCGGUCUGUCCACAGCUCAGAGCAUUUACGAGCAUUACCAUGACAAAGUCAAUCCCUUGAAAAUAGAUGUCUACGCAGAUGUCUUCACUCCUCUGACCACAAGUGACGGAGCAGCAGGACUGUGGCAGCCUUACCUCUAUGAUAAGGGCAAUGUCCAGGAAACACAAUGGAACAAAGAGACAUUUGAUUACCUUCUGAGUUUCCUCAGCUCUCCUGAAUCUACUGAAAUGGGAAUAUUUCUGCAGUCAGGAUACAACCUGUGCACCAAACAUGCCCCGGAGCCAUCAUUUAGAGACAUUGUGUUGGGUUUUCGGGAACUUACCCAGCGUGAGCUCGAUAUGUUUCCAGGAUACAGCAUGGGGUGGUUUAACACUUCUAUAAUGCUGGAAGGGAAGACGUAUCUGCCCUGGCUCAUGAACUGGUUGGCAAAAAGAGGAGUGAAGUUCCACCACAGAAAGAUCCAUUCAUUCCAAGAGCUGGCAGAGAGUGGAGCAGACGUUAUCGUUAACUGCUCUGGUGUACGAUCAGGUGACCUCCAACCUGAUCCUGAGCUGACUCCAGGCCGAGGACAGAUCAUCAAGGUGGAUGCUCCUUGGAUAAAGCAUUUUAUUCUGACACACAAUUUCACUUCAGGAGUUUACAGUUCACCGUACAUCAUUCCAGGGAGUCGUCUAGUGACUGUUGGGGGAAUUUUCCAAGUGGGAAACUGGAGUGAGCAGAAUAAUUCUAUCGACCACAAAAGCAUUUGGGAGAGAAGCUGUGCACUAGAGCCCAGUUUAAAACAUGCUCGCAUAGUUGAGGACUGGACAGGUCUCAGACCUGUACGCAGUAAAGUCAGGCUGGAGAGAGAAACCAUCCGCUGUGGACCCAGCAUGAUAGAGGUAAUCCAUAACUAUGGUCACGGGGGCUACGGACUGACGAUCCAUCGUGGCUGUGCUGAAGAAGCUGCUCGUCUUUUUGGCACAAUCCUGCAGCAGCAAGCCAAAGCAAGCCAAACCAAAUCCCGGCUCUAAUUCACCAGGUUUUUUUUAAGAUGUAAUUUACCUGUUCUAAGUAGUUAAUCCAUAAUCAGUGUUCGCUUACCCUGCUAGUGAAAACGUUUGAUUUAUUUUGCAGUCUAAAUCAGCAUGGUAACAGGAAAAGAUUUUUUUAAAGAUCUAACCAUUUAACAUGUCACAAUUACAAUAACAUGCCAUAGUGUAAUAUACCAGUCUUCUAUUAAAGUCACAUUUUGAAAUGCAUGACAAAAGAAACAAAUAAAAAAAAACUAAAGAAACAAUCAAUCCAAUGAUUCAAUAAAUAUUAUUACAAGCACAAGGAAGUUUUUUUUUCAUUUGAAAUAUAGUUUAUUGUAGAUACACGUGGAUCCAGUGUGGUGUAAAAUAUCUGCACACACAGACACUAAACUCAGCACUAAAUCGCAAAGGCAGGUAUGUAGGAGAGAGAGCUUGCUCUGUGUGAAUGCACACAGGACUUCACCAUGGAAACCCAUCAGCUAUCAUUUCAAUAAGGUGAUUU